UUUUCAGCGUGCGAUCCCCCGACUCAUUAACACAUUCGACACAUUUUGACUCAUCUUGACCGACUCAUCUUGAGGGGCACUAUAAAACACGUCCCAGACCGGUUCCGCUCACGACUCUUUAGUCAGAUUCUCGUUGGAUGUUCACGGGUGAUCUGUCGUGUCCACGGUGAUGCAACACCUGACCCAGAAGUUUCCAUCGACUUCCAGAUAGUUUCACACGGCCAUGGCGGAAGGCGACUUUUACACCCUGGGUAGCCGCCAGAGGUUCCCCCGGGAUCCGUUCGGAGAGUCCCCCUUCAGGGAGCAGCUGGCCUCCCGCUUCAUGGAGGAUGACUUCGGCAUGCCGCCCUUCCCCGACGACCUCUCCAUGGACUGGCCGGGCUGGGCGCGACACGGCCGGCUGAGCACCCGCCUGGGCUCGGCGCCCUUCGGCAGCGCCUUACGCUCGAGUUUUCCGGGCCACCAGCAGCGGCAGUCGACGGCGGGGCCCGCGCUCUACGGCGGCCGCUACGGUGAGGCCUCCCCGCGGAACUCCCCGACCCCAGGCCUCUGCAGCACCGGCGGGGAGCCGUGGAAGGUGUGCGUCAAUGUGCACAGCUUCACGGCGGAGGAGCUCAACGUCAAAACCCGAGACGGCUUCGUGGAGGUCUCAGGAAAGCACGAAGAGAAGCAAGAAGAAGGCGGAAUCGUCACCAAGAACUUCACAAAGAAGAUCCAGAUCCCGACAGACGUGGAUCCUCUCACGGUCUUCGCCUCUCUGUCCCCCGAGGGCGUCCUCAUCAUCGAAGCCCGCCAGACGCCGCCAUAUUACCUCUUCAGCAACGAGGGCUCUCAGGGCUCGGGGGACGCAGCGGACGCCGACAACCCCCAAGCCCUGGCGGUCUAAACCCACCCCACCCUCUCACAUAGAAGAUGCUACAAGCUAGUUAGCCUUUAGCUUGAGUGGUCAUGGAGCCGCUGCAGUAGCACGCAUGGUGUCAUCGUUAUGCAACAAUGAUGCUAGCCAUGAAGCAACAACAUCUGGACGUCCUGAAAACACGCCCCGAGAACUCUCUUGAUUUUGGAUGAUAUGUGAAGAAGAUAGUUGGCUGGGGGUCAUACCACUCUGUUUUUGUUUGUUUGUUUGUUGGUUCCACACUAGAGCAAGAACCCUAUUGAUGUUGAUGCCCCGCCUCACUGUCCUCUCACGCCUGUCUAUUUAUUAUUUAUGUUCCAACAGGAGCCCUGUUGGUUGUUUUCACUUAUCCAAGAGUGAUAAGGGUGCAAAAAGGUCCAAUCAGGCCAAGAACAAGAACCCUAUUGGUUUUGAAGUGAUCCAAGAGGGCUGACGUUAUCGGGGCUCAAAAUGGGUACCCCACGCUCGUCCCUUCUCUAAAAACACACUUUUACCCCCAAUCAUUUUUGCUCCAUCUUCCCAACAAGUCCCCACUUUACCCUCCUUUUUAAAAAAAAAAAAAAAUCAAGAUUAUGUUCUAUAUCAGACCAAGAAGUCUAUCGAUUUUUUUUUUUUUACUGUGCCAAGAGAGACGAUGUUGCUGGAGUCAAAUGUCCAAUCAGUUCUUCACCUCCCAUCAAGUCCCCACUUUACCCGCUUCUUUAAAAUAAAAAUGUUUGUUUUGAUCUAUAUCAGAACAAGAACCCUAUUGGGUUUUUCUUGGACUGAUCCAAGAGUGAUAAGUUGUUGUUGUUCUAUGCCAGACCGAGAACACUAUUGUUUUUGUUUUUUUUAAUCAUCCAAGAGGGCUGAUGUUAUUGGGGUCCAAAGUCAAAUGAGUACAAUGUGCUCGUACCUUCUCUAACAAACAGUUUUAUGCCAUCAUGUUGAAAUUUCCAAGAUUUUUUGUUGUUCCCAACAAGUCCCCAAUUUAUCCGCUUCUUUAAAAUGUCAAUUUUUGUUUUGAUCUAUCAGAACAAGCGCGCUUUUUUUUUUUUUUUGACAGAUCCAAGAGAGACAAAGUUGCUGGGGUCAAAUGUCACUUCAUGCUUUAGGUUCCUCAGAGUUUCAUUUCCUGUGAAAGGAGCAAGAAAAUGUCAGUAGUUUGAAUGGUGUGUGUGUGUGUGUGUGUGUGUUGUGUGUGUGUGUGUGUGUGUGUGUGUGUGUGUGUGUGUUGUGUAAAUAUCCUUUCAAUGCCAGUUUUGACUUUUACCCGACGUGCUUUGCAUUCUUUUUUUUUGGUUUGUUUUUUUUCAUCUUUGAGCUUCCAAAUCAGGACGUUUGUUUUCCUUGUCUGAUGUUUUUCAUGCAAUAAA